CGUGCGCCGGUUGUCCCCGCCGCGGCGGCUCCGCGUCGCGCGCCAUGCGGCUCCUCUGCUGGUGGCAGGCACUGCUGUGGGUGCUGGGCCUUCCGGCCCGCGGCCUGGAGGUUGCUGAGGAGAGUGGCCACGUGUGGCGGGAGGAGCAGCCUGACCCAGCGCUCCAGGUUGGGGCCCUGUACUUGGAUGAAGAGGAGGCUGCGAAGGGCCAUCGAGGACAGGAGAGGGUGGCGGAGCCUGCCAGUGCCUCUCUGGGGCCGGGGCCCCGUGGAGACCCCGUGGUGGUGCUGUCGGUGAUUCCGGGUGCAGCCGAUGACCCACGGAGCGCCGAGGCCCGAGAUGGCACCUGCAGUACACUGGGAGAGGACCCGAGCUGCAGCCAAGAGAGCCUCUUCGCGAUGCACGGUGUGGGUGGCUUCCCAGAGCGGGAGGAGGAAGACUACGCCGAGUCUGGAGCAGCUGAGACUGAGCCAGUAGCCACGGAGGAUGCCAACAGCACCGACAGCCUCAAGUCCCCCAAGGUGAACUGUGAGGAGAGGAAUGUGACCGGGCUGGAAAAUUUCACCCUGAAGAUUUUAAACAUGUCCCAGGACCUUAUGGAUUUUCUGAACCCAAAUGGUAGUGACUGCACAUUGGUCCUCUUCUACACCCCGUGGUGCCGGUUUUCUGCCAGCCUGGCCCCCCAUUUUAACUCUCUGCCUCGGGCAUUUCCAAGUCUUGGCUUUUUGGCAUUGGAUGCCUCUCAGCACAGCAGCCUUUCUACCAGAUUCGGCACUGUAGCUGUCCCUAACAUUUUGUUAUUUCAAGGAGCUAAACCGAUGGCAAGAUUUAAUCAUACAGAUCGAACUCUGGAGACCCUGAAAACCUUCAUUUUCAACCAGACAGGUAUAGAAGCCAGGAAAAAUGUGGUGGUAACACAAGCUGACCAAAUGGGCCCUCUCCCCAGCACAUUGAUAAAGACCGUGGAUUGGCUGCUUGUAUUUUCCUUAUUCUUUUUAAUUAGUUUUAUCAUGUAUGCUACCAUCCGGACUGAGAGCAUUCGGUGGCUGAUUCCAGGACAAGAGCAGGAGCAUGCUGAAUAGAGAAAGGGGAGAGGAGGAACCCUAGCCAGGCUUUGGCUUCAGGGGAGACAAUGCCCGGGAUUGUAAUACUGAUUUACAAGGGAAGUCAGAUUCAAGAAUCAUGUUCUUGGUGAACUACUGAGGCUAAAGAAUUACAUAUAAAUGUGUUUUUACUGUGA